GGCAAUACGGAGGAGAGAAUUCAUUGAAAAGGAAAGCAAAUCUUUCUUGUAGUAAAAUGACAAUCAUGCCCUUCUCAUCUUUUGUAAUGGACAGAUGCCACCUUGUCUUUCACUUCUUACCGGUUUUUCUCUUAUUCUUCCUCAAUUUCCCGCCAUCCAUGGCUUUAACGGUCGAAACACAAUCUCUCCUUCAAUUCAAAAACCAACUGAAAGACCCCUUAAAUUCUCUGGCAACUUGGAAAGAAUCUGACUCUCCCUGCAAUUUCACUGGGGUUUCUUGCGAUCCGGUAUCCGGCCGAGUCACAGGUAUCUCCUUCGAGAACAAAUCGCUUUCCGGCGAAAUAUCUCCAGCCAUCUCUGCCCUCCAAAGUCUGAAUUCCCUUGUUCUUCCAUCGAAUUCGAUUUCUGGUGAACUUCCUUUUGAGUUGAUUAACUGCACCAAUCUUCGAGUUCUCAAUCUCACAGGAAAUAAUCUGAAGGGUACCCCACCAGAUCUUUCAGCAUUGAGAAGCUUGGAGAUUCUUGAUUUGUCUUUUAACUAUUUUUCUGGUGGAUUCCCAAAUUGGGUUGGGAAAUUAACCAACUUGGUUUCGCUGGGCCUUGGUCAGAAUGACUUCGAUGAGGGUGAAAUUCCUGAGAGUUUGGGAAAUUUGAAGCACUUGACAUGGCUUUAUUUGGCUGGGGUUAAUUUGAGGGGGGUGAUUCCACAGUCCAUUUUUGGACUUAAAGCCCUUGAAACAUUAGAUUUGUCAACCAACAGUCUCUCAGGUGAGAUCCCAACAGCGAUUUCAAAUUUGCAGCGUCUCAACAAGAUCGAGCUCUUUAUGAACAAUUUCACUGGAGAUAUCCCACCUGAGCUUGCAAAGCUCACACUUCUGCGUGAAUUCGACAUUUCUAAGAACCAGAUGUCUGGAGAAGUUCCUGCUGAGAUCGGUAAUCUGAAGAAUUUGGUGGUCUUCCAAUUGUAUGAAAACUAUUUCACAGGAGAACUCCCUUCUGGGUUUGGGGAUUUGCAGCAUCUGGAGGCCUUUUCUAUCUACAGAAACAACUUUUCGGGAGUAUUUCCAGUAAACUUUGGCCGGUUCUCUCCGCUGAAAAGCAUAGACAUAUCUGAGAACAAGUUUUCUGGUCAGUUCCCCACAUUCUUGUGUGAAAGCAAAAUGUUGCAGUUCUUACUUGCUUUGGAUAACAACUUCUCUGGGGAUCUUCCAGAAUCUUAUGCUGAAUGUAAGACACUGGAGAGGUUCAGGGUAAGUAAGAACCGCUUGUCUGGGAUGAUUGCUGAUGGGAUCUGGGGACUACCUUCUGCAAAAAUCAUAGAUUUUGGAGAUAAUGACUUCAGAGGAGGAAUAUCUUCGGACAUAGGGAUUUCUGCAAGUUUGAAUCAGCUACUCUUACAGAACAACAAGUUCUCAGGAGUGCUUCCAUCAGAACUGGGCAAUCUUUCCCGGUUGGAGAAAUUGUCUGCAAGUUAUAAUAGUUUCUCUGGUGGGAUACCUUCUCAAAUUGGAGACCUGAAGCAACUGUCAUCCUUGCAUUUGGAAGAGAACUCAUUAUCAGGACCAAUACCAUCAGAAUUGGGUCAAUGUACUGGAUUAGUAGACUUGAAUCUUGCUGGAAAUUCUCUGAGUGGUAAUAUCCCUGAAACACUUGCUAUGUUGAACUCUUUGAAUUCACUGAAUCUAUCACAAAACAAGCUUUCAGGUUUGAUUCCAGAAAAUUUAGCGAAACUGAAGUUGAGUGCCAUUGAUUUUUCCAAAAACCACUUGUCAGGAAGAGUUCCUUCUGACCUUCUCGUGAUGGGUGGCGACCAGGCAUUUUUAGAGAACUUGAAUCUCUGUAUUGAUAAAAAAUUGGGAGAUGAGAUGAGAUCUUUAAUCAGUGUUUGUAGUGGAAACCGACGCAGUAACAAAAUUGCUGCAAAUAAAUUGGCAUUGUUAUGCAUAAUGUCAUCAGCCCUGGUUGUUAUUUUUGCUGGCAUUUUCCUUGUGAACUACAGGAAGCAUGAGUCUUAUUUGGAAAAUCUUGAAAAGGGGCAGGAGAAAGAUCCAAACUGGAAACUUGAGUCCUUUCAUCCAACACAAUUAAAUGCAGAUGAAAUAUGUAGUUUGGAGGAGGAGAAUUUGAUUGGAAUUGGAAGCACAGGAAGAGUCUAUCGAUUGGAUUUGAAGAAGAAUAGAGGGACAUUUGCUGUAAAGCAACUGUGGAAGGGAAAACAAGUGAAGGUGCUAAAAGCAGAAAUGGAGAUUUUGGGUAAGAUCAGACAUAAAAAUAUACUGAAGCUAUAUGCGUGCUUGAUGCGAGGGGGAUCAAGCUAUCUGGUUUAUGAGUACAUGGAGAAUGGGAACCUGUUUCAAGCUCUUCACAGACAAAUCAAGUGUGGGAAUCCAGAAUUAAACUGGGAUCGACGGUAUAGAAUUGCUUUGGGAGCUGCAAAGGGUAUUUCUUAUCUUCACCAUGAUUGCUCACCACCCAUUACCCAUAGAGACAUUAAAUCAGCAAACAUUUUACUUGCUGAGGAUUAUGAGCCAAAAAUUGCUGAUUUUGGGAUUGCAAAGGUUGUAGAAGAGUCUGGGAUGGAUUCAAGCUGUUUUGCUGGCACUCAUGGUUAUAUUGCUCCUGAACUAGCAUAUUCUCUCAAGGUUACUGAAAAGAGUGAUGUAUAUAGUUUCGGUGUUGUCCUGCUAGAAUUAGUGACUGGUAGAAGUCCAAUUGAAGCUGAGUAUGGAGAAGGGAAAGAUAUCGUUUAUUGGGUCUCAAGUCAUCUCAAUGGCCGGGAAGACGUCCUUGAAGUUCUUGAUCGAAGGGUGAUAGAUUCUGCUAAAGCUGAUAUGAUGAAGGUUUUGAGUAUUGCUAUCCUCUGUACUACUAAACUUCCUUCACUGCGUCCAACUAUGAGAGACGUGGUUAAGAUGCUUCUCGAUGCUGAUCCCUGUGCUAUUAGUCCUGGAAAUAAGACUCCUAUCAGGUAUUCUGGAAUCGUCGAUGUUGGUGGAGCUACCUUGGGAGCUUGCACUGGUAGAGCUAAAACUACCGUCGGUGGUGUCAUUCUUGGUGUUGCUACUGGGGAUGGGGUUUUAGGCAUGGUCGGUGUGGUUGCAACAGCGCGUGGUGAUGAAACUAACGUGACCGGAGUAGUUGGUGAACUUCUUCUCUACCAUUCUUAUUACAACAAUGAAAUUGAAAGCUUCUCCCUUCUUCCCAAGCCUUACAAUUCUUCCAUGACUCCUCAAAACCCCUUGUCUCUUCUCCUUCUGGUGACCCUCUUAUCUGUUUCUACUCUUCCACCAUUAUCUUCAUCUUUCUCUACUGUAGCCAUCUCUGAGACCUCAAAUCAAACACUUAUUUGUGCAUUAGUUUCACAAACAUACCUCAAUUGUACUAGCUUGACUUCGGGAACCCAGAACCCAAUUCCAUCUCCAAACGCUUCGCUUACCGCAAUCAUAGCUGGGGACGGCUUCGUAUGUUUUCUUAGAUACCCAUCAACGGCCUCUGUUACUGCUGUUGGUUGUUAUAGAUUUUCUGGUAAUGGUACUGAUUUAACAUUAAAGAGAAUCUAUCGAGGAGCCAUGCUCAACGAUUUCGACUCUGGGAACUCUCAUGUCUGUGGGAUUGUCAGUGGAUCAAACAGUCUCGCAUGUUGGCAAUGGAAUGGAUUCAGUUCUCCUAAUGUGCAAAACAUCUCCGAUAUCGCCGUUGGGGAAGAAUUCGUCUGCAUGUUACUAGAAUCUGGGCAAAUCAAGUGUUCCGGAGCAAACACUAAUGUCGUCGGAAAGGAGCCAAAGGGGAAUUAUAGUGUAAUCGAAGGCGGAUCGCAGCAAACUUGUGCCAUUUCAAUGGAUGGGACCAUGGUGAACUGCUGGGGUCAAAUUUCUAGAACCCUUACUGGAAAUUUCAAUUCAUUGGGUUUGGGGGACAACCGUGGCUGUGCUCUUCAAUCAAAUGGUACAGUUUUGUGUUGGGGAGAGAACAAUUUUGCUUUGCCGGAAAGCCUGCAAGGGGUCAAUUUUCUAUCAAUUACUGGGAAGAACCGUGUUUUCUGCGGCGUUUUGAUGCAGAAUUAUUCGUUAAUCUGUUGGGGUGGGGAGAGUUUAGGUUCUGGUUCAGUGGUUUUUCAGACUGUAAUGCCAGGACCUUGUCAAACACAGUGUCAAUGUGGACUGUUACCUAACUAUGGACAAUUUUGCAGUCAAGGUUACAUUUGCCUACCAUGUAGAAGGGAAGACGACAGGUCUGUCUUAUAUCCACCCACAUCAGCUCCAGCACCGGCAUUACAAACUUCUCCACCUAAUUCCUCGUCGAACAGUGGAAGGAUAGCCUCCUGGGUUGUUGGCUCUGUAGGUUCGUUCAGUUUGAUUAUAUUGUUUUGCUUCUUCCUCUACCGAUUUUGCAAGAGACAGGUAUGCAGAGUUCAUGAUUCAGGGCGAUUGGAUGGAGCGGCCGAGACAACAACAACAACACCUGAACAAGGAAUACCUCAAAUCCCACCUGAAUUACCUGAGAAUUCCUCAUUUGAUUUCACAGCCACACAAGGUUCUACCCGUGGACAAAAACCUCUACCCUUGCCAGCAACUCCAAAACUAGAGAAAAGGCUGAGUCAUAUGGUUAGUAUGGGCAGUGGGCAAUUGGAAGAAUUCACAUUAGAAGAGCUCAGAAAAGCGACUGACGAUUUCUCAAAUGACCAUAAGAUCGGCAGUGGAAGCUUUGGUUCUGUGUAUCGAGCUACACUCCAAGAUGGGCGUGAUGUUGCAAUUAAGCGAGCAGAGUUAAUAGUACACGCAGGUAGCGUAAAGCGGAAAGAGGACCAAGACAAUGCGUUCUUAUCAGAGUUCGCAAACCUCUCUCGUCUCAACCACAAGAACCUUGUGCGGCUUUAUGGGUAUUGCGAUGAAGCCAAUGAGCGUGUGCUUGUCUAUGAGUUCAUGGUCAAUGGAACACUCCAUGAUCACCUCCACAGUUUCCAUGAUUCACCUUUACUGUCAUGGCCCGCAAGAAUUAAAGUUGCCCUUGAUGCAGCCAGAGGAAUUGAGUACCUCCACUCUUAUGCUGUUCCACAGAUAAUCCAUCGCGAUAUCAAAUCGUCGAACAUCUUGCUUGAUUCACAAUGGAUUGCAAAGGUUUCUGAUUUUGGGCUUUCAUUGAUGGGUCCUGACGAUGAAGAAGCACAUAUAUCGCUUCAUGCUGCAGGUACUGUGGGAUACAUUGAUCCUGCUUACUACAAAUAUCAACAAUUGACGAAGAAAAGUGAUGUUUAUAGCUUUGGAGUUGUGUUAAUAGAAUUGUUAUCUGGGUGUAAAGCUAUACACCGGAAUGAAGAAACUGGGGUACCGAGGAAUGUGGUGGAUUACAUUGUUCCAUACAUUGUUAGAGAUGAAAUACAUCGAGUGCUCGAUCCGAAAUUGGCACCGCCAACGCCGUAUGAGAUCGAAGCAGUUGCGUAUGUUGGGUAUAUCGCUGCCGACUGUGUUGGGCAGGACGGGCGAGACCGGCCGUGCAUGAAUGAGAUUGUAAGUAGUCUUGAAAGAGCCAUGGCUGCUAUAACAAACCCAAAUCUCUCACGGUCUUCAACAGGUUCAUCCAUAAGAGAAGUUGAGUAAACACGUGGGGUACCAGUUCACACG